CUCUCCCUCCACAUGGAGGAUAAAACCUUCUCACACCUUUAGAAACACAGCUCAUCUCUAAGAUCAUGUUUCUCUUGCAGUUCCUCAGCAGCUUUUUUGCAGCGCUGAUCACAGACAUAAACCAGCAGAAGGUGAAGACAGUCCCUUAUGACAUUUCUGUGCUUGAACGUGGGGAUCUCCUUGAAGUUCCCCGAACACUCUUCACUCAUUUUGGGAUCUACUUAGGCAACAAUCGUGUGGCUCACCUCAUUCCUGACAUCCUGCCUGUUAUCUCAGCAGAUCAAAGCACCAUCUCAAAAAUGGUGACAAACAACCGGCUGAUUCUGGGUGUGAUCGCAAAAAAGGCCAGCGUUCGUGUGGACUCUGUGGAGGACUUUGCUUAUGGAGCUGAGAUCCUGGUGAACAGCAUGGACAGGGUGUGCAGUCGGCCUCCACUGCAGAGUGAAGAAGUGGCCAGGAGAGCGGAAAAGCUGAUCGGAUCCAUUGAAUACAGUCUGCUGUGGUUCAACUGUGAACAUUUUGUCAUGUUCUGCAGAUACGGAAGCAGCAUGAGCUUUCAGACCUCCCAGUUCUGUAGGAAGGUCAGGAAGAUGGUGCUCAGUAGGACCAGCUCGUUCCUGAGUCUUGUGUUGUGUGUGUGGAUGGUGGUGCUUGUGGGCAGUGUGUCAGUGUGUGGAGUUCUGCUCACCCUGAUCAUUCCCUUCACCAUAUGGAUGGCAUCAUGACCCUCAGUCCAGAUGAACACACACCAUGGGUUACUGUUGGUCAUGUGAGUUACUGCAGAAGCCUGACAUGGAGGUCGUUUCCAGGCUUGUGUGCUCUGUACUCCUGUUCCACCUCCACAUGACCAAGAGAAAGUAAAGAAUGUUUUCAUUUG